AUGCCGCCUCCUCGAGACACAUCUUCCGCUUUUCUUGCGCCGCAAAACUACGACGACGAUGCAUCCAGCAUACACAGUGAGCGUAGUGACCAGGACACCGACAGCGAGGAUGACGGUCUGGUAGGAGCACGUAGCAGUGCUGACAUUCGCGCUCACGAUCGGGGACUGUUGAUUGAAGAGGAAGAGCGAGAUAAGUUGCUAGAAGAUAGCAGAAGACGUGGGAGAAGGGGGAGCGCGAUCGCAAUUACCGGUCCACUCAAAAAGCUCUUCUCCAAAAGCUACAGUGAACUGCCGAUGCCCGAAGGCCAGAGCGAAGUUGGAGAAAAGGAAGCGGAAAAGAAGCACCGUCGUACCCGCAGAAGACAGAGGAGAGCGAAGAGAAAGGGCCAAUUGAUGGCCGAUGCACAAAACGGAGAGGAUGGUCAGCUCAUGUACGAAAUGGAAGAAGGCAGCAUGAAAGAAGGCAGCGCAACUGGAGAUAGCAGCGAGACAGAAGGAAGCGAUGAGAUUGACCGUCGCGGUCUACGUGGUCUCCACGACGAUAAGGUACAAACGCACAGGAAGUGGAGGAUGUGGUGCUUUCUCCAUCUAUUAAUCGCAGUUGGUUUCUCGAUACUGGUGCUUGUGGCUUGGAAGUUGUCCAUGAGACGUAAUGGAAUCAAAAUGAAUCAAAAACUGAUUAGCAAUGGGACAGCUCUGUUUGCUCCAACGACGAUAUUGAUCAGUCUAGAUGGCUUUCGAGCCGAUUUCUUGAAUCGAGGAAUUACACCUAGACUUAAUUCAUUCAUCGCAGAAGGAGUAUCACCAACAUAUAUGAACCCGAGUUUCCCGUCUGUUACAUUUCCCAAUCACUACACGCUGGUGACGGGGCUAUAUCCAGAGUCUCACGGGAUUGUUGGAAACACUUUUUGGGAUGUAGAGUUACAGGAAGAGUUCUUUUACACAAAUCCUUUGGCUAUGUUACCAAAAUGGUGGGGAGGGGAACCGCUCUGGGUUACAGCAGAGAACCAAGGGAUUCGAACAGCUAUACACAUGUGGCCCGGGAGUGAAGCCCAUAUAAUGGACGUGGAACCAGCGUUCCUUGAUAAAUUCAACCCAAAGGAGCCGUUGUCAAACAAGGUGGACAGGAUUUUGGAAUUGCUUGACAAACCUGGCGAGGAGAGCGAAAUGGCAGAGGUUAUUGAUAUGCGACCUCAAUUGAUUGCUGCGUACGUUCCCAACGUUGAUCAAGACGGCCAUCUCUACGGCCCAAACAGCACAGAAAUCCGCACAACCAUUGCCGAAGUCGAUAGCAUGCUGGACAGUCUCUUUAAAGCUCUUGAAGCGAGAAAUCUGACAAAAAUUGCCAAUGUCGUUGUUGUGAGCGAUCAUGGAAUGGCCACGGUAUCCAAUUUUAUACAACUCGAGGAUAUUAUCGAUACGAGCUUGAUUGAGCACACAGACGGUUGGCCACUCUAUGGACUUCGUCCUAAGGAUUCAGCGCACUUGCAGGGAAUAUAUGACAGUCUGAAAGCAGCUUCUUCUGGCAACGACAACUAUGAGGUAUACCUUCGCGACAAAGAUAUGCCGGAGCGUUAUCAUUUUUCGAAAAACGAGCGUAUUGCGCCCUUGUGGAUAAUUCCCAAGGCGGGCUGGGCCAUUGUCACGAAAGGCGAGUUUAACGUCGUGGAAGCGAAAGAGAAAAACCUUGUGUACCAUCCCAGAGGACUUCAUGGCUAUGACCAUGAGCAUCCACUGAUGAGGGCUAUUUUUGUUGCGAGAGGUCCAGCAUUUCCCCAUGCGCCCAACAGUCGCGUAGAAUCUUUCCAAAACAUUGAAGUUUACAAUAUCGUUUGCGAUUCUUUAGGCAUCGACCCAAAACCCAAUAAUGGUACUUUGCGACUGCCUCUCAACACCAUUGGUCUGCAUUCUCCAGAAACAACCCCAGCUGAACCUAUCGACCCACAGGUUCCGGAGCCAGAAAGCGUUGCUUCCCCCGUUCAGAUUUUUACACAGUCUGCACCUCCAGCCACUUCGGCGUCCGAGAUCUCUAGUGCCGACCCAGUCAUCGAAAUAUCUCCUAUCGAAGCCAGUUCUGCGGCCGACCCGAAUGUUGUACCGCCCACAAUGGUUGGCGUUGAUACUCCUGAGGAUGCAAACGUCGAUCGUCCUGUUGUAGGGGAUGAUAGUGUUGUCUCUGAAGAAGAGAAGAAUUUUUGGUCAUGGUUCACCGACGAAAUUAAUAAAGCUAAAGGUUGGUUUUCGGAUAUUGUUGGCCAUGGUGAAGUCAACGAAAACGAUGAGAAGAAGUUUUAG